AUCCUUGUCGAGAUACUCUUAAUCAUCUGUCCUGCAUGGCUCCUCUGGACUUUGCACAUGCCUCUGAAGAAGAAGUUGGGCUGUGCGAUUUAUUUCAGUCUCCGUUUCCCGACGGUGAUGGUGACGAUAUUUCGGCUACUAGCGCUCGUCAAAGCAAACAGAGGAGUGGAUCGUACUCUCGACAUGACACUGCCAUCAGUUCUGACACAGCUCGAGAUGCAUUUUACGGUACUGGCUGCGACGAUUCCAAUCCUGCGGAACCCCCUUACCAAGCUCAAUUCAGGAUAUCUGAACACGACAUUGGAGCGGAUGGACCCAGUGGCAAGCGCAGCGUAUGUAUCGUCUAGGUCAGGCAGCAGCGGUAAAGGGGCAUCGUUUGCCCUGUCGCAUGUAACAGGAAGCAAACGUCAGGUGGAUGUGAUGGCAGAGCCGAGGGAAGGAGAAGGGAUUGAGACGAUUGCCGAGGGAGGGUCGGACGCGGUGGGAGAGGGCCAGAGUGUGUUGUCUGAAGGAUCUGAUCAAAUCAUGAUCAAGCGAACAGUCAUGAUAGACUAUGCAUGA